UAAAUUUUACUUCUUAAUAAAAAUGACACAUAAUCAGGAUUGGGACAUAGAUCGGUAUAAAACCGAGCACGAGCCGAAGCAUCACUGGGCCCUUAAAAGAGAGUUUAUGGAGAGGAAUAAAGACAGAUUUCCAGAACAUUCGCUAGUCUGUCUGGCGAAUACACUAGGGAAUAUCGAGUUCAUGGGCUGCCAAUAUCCCCAGGAUACUAUGGAUCUAAUAGAUGAACUGAGUAUGGGAUUAGUUCAGGAUUACAGAGAAAACCAGAAAGGAAAAUUGCAAAGAACUUUUGUUUCAGGUUCUGUGGCUGCAAACAAGAAAGUAAACAGAACCUGAAGAUAAGUCUAAAAUGAAAAACGUAUAACUGCAAGAAUCUGUUUUUAAAUUAAGAUCUCAAAAAGUGUUUUUUUACGUUGAAUUUACAAUUUUUCCAGA